AUGUGGCUAAAUCAUCGACCACUUCGAACAUUAGAUCUCUAUGCAACAGGAAAAACGUUGUUACUCUACCGGACAUUUCUUGAUCAUCCAACAUAUGAUAGUUACUGGCGUAGCAUCGAUUUCGUUCCGGACGACUUUGCACGUAUCACAAUUCCGUCACUUGCUUUCACCGGUUGGUUCGAUGGUACUAUGUAUGGAACAAUCUGGCAUUUUCAAGAAGCACGUUCUUAUGCACCCCGGAGUGAUGCUCAAUUUCUUAUCAUCGGUCCUUACACACAUGGAAAUGCGCCUGAUGGUGGCUAUGAUUAUCGAACAGGAGAGCCGAUGACAAUGGUUGGAGAUCUUCCUGUUGCCGAAAAUGCACUAUUACCAGGUUUGAAUAUGACACAUGAAUUCUUUGAAUGGUGUUUGAAAGAUGGUCGACGACUUGAAUGGAAACCAACUAGAAUCUAUAUAACUGGAAGUAAUCAAUGGAUGACUCGCAGUAUUUUUCCACCACCAGAAGCUCACGAGCAAUCAUUGUUCUUGACAAGUGAAGGGCAUGCUAAUAGCCUAAAAGGGGAUGGUCGACUACAAUGGGACGCACCAAAUAUUGCUGCAACAGAUUCCUAUCUUUACGAUCCAACCAAACCAGUAAUAAGUAACAUAAAUAAUAAAUCUAUUAUUCUUCCCAUUGAUAUAAAUUCCUAUCUUGAUCGUAAUGAUAUUCUUGUGUAUACUACUGAGCCAUUAAAUAAGUCAAUUACAGUGGUUGGUGAUAUUGUUGUUGAAUUGGUAAUCUCGAGCACAGCACGUGAUACCGAUUUUGUAAUCGAACUAAUGGAUGUGAUGACUGAUGGACGCUCGAUUAAACUCGGUUCUAAAGCUGCAGGUCAACUUCGUACACGCUAUCGAAAUGGUUUUAAUCAAGAAAUAUUUAUGUCGCCCAAUCGGACUUAUCUCGUUCGUAUUGAUUUACACGCUAUCGGACAUACAUUUCUUCCACAACAUCGUAUUCGAUUAGCAAUUAUGAGUAGCUUUUUUCCUUGGAUCAGUGUAAAUCCAAACACUGGUGCAUCGAUCGCUUUUGACGUACAAUCACCUAUCAUAGCUAAUCAAACUAUUUAUCAUGCACCUCACCAAAAAUCUCGAAUUCGUAUGAUGUUGAUUGACGAUCCAAGAUUUGAUGAAUGA